AUGGUUUACGGCAAAUCCUAUCAUUUACCAGUAGAAUUGGAGCAUAAAGCAUAUUGGGCUUUGAAGUUUUUGAAUUUUGAUGAGACUGCUUCAGGGGAACAAAGGAAAACACAGCUGUUGGAGUUAGACGAAAUGAGAUGGAAUGCUUAUGAGUCUGCCAAAUUGUAUAAAGAUAAAGUAAGGGCCUAUCAUGAUAAGAAGCUGCUCAAGAAGGAAUUCAGACCAGGACAACAAGUAUUGAUGUUUAACUCCAGACUGAAGUUAUUUUCGGGAAAACUCAAAUCCAAUAUCAAAGAGGUUAGGUCAUAUGGAGCUGUAGAAUUGGUUGAUCCUCAUUCAUCAACUCCAAACAAAUCAUCGGUAGUCAAUGGUCAGAGAUUGAAGUUGUACCAUGGUGGAAGCAUUGAUAGGCUAAACACCAUUAUUCACUUUCAGGACCCAUGA